AUGGAAAGAGUCAUGGCUCAACUUCGGCAAGCGAUAGCAGUUGAAGAUCAGCAUAUUCAUCAAGCUUCUCGAGCUUUGGUGUAUUGUCGGCAGUCUGGACAGUUCUGUGGAAGCCGUCAGGAAGUCGAAGGUCAACGUGCCCUUCUUGUUGCAACAGAAACCCGGAACGUACUCUUUCUCUCAAAGAACUUUUUGAAGGGAUAUGUGAAUCAUUAUGAUGACUUAAACAUCACUUACUACUUUAUAAUCCUGCUCAAAUGUGGCUCAACUUUACUUCAUACAGCUCUGCUCUCUACUGAAGAUGGAAUUCAAGCGGAUGGCGCUAUUGAAUACAAUCAAUACUUAAAGAUUGAGAACAUUUGUUCGGAUUUUGAUUGUCUUUUAGAAGUUUAUGCUUUGCGCUCGAGCAAACGUUAUGAACAGAAACGAAAAAAGAGCGGAUCCAUGAAAGGCCUCAACGCGGCUUUUUCAUUUUCUACAAAAUCGCCGAAGACUCCCAAAAAGACACCAUCUGGCAAUCGCAUCCUGGAUUCGAAAUUUCAUUUGGUUGGGAAUCUCUACCUGAACAUGGAAAAUGUGGAUAACGGGAUUCGAGUAACCAUUUGGCUUGACCUCAGAAUACAGCAAAGCUUCGUUGGACAAGCCGGUUGGGGCUGGGAUAGCAAAAGAGUCGCCGGGAGGAUUCGAACCCGCGACCCCCUCACGACCGUGACCGCUUACCAGGCGAGCGCUCUACCAAUGAGUCACACCGACAACGGAUCGCUGCAUCAGAUUGAGGUG